AUGUCCCCCCCCCACCAAGUCUGGAAACUAGAAAGUGCCUUGUGGCUGCACCAAGAAGCUCACGACGCGAUGCCACAAGAAGAGGAGCCCAUAGGGGUAGGAAAUAGGGUUAAUGACACUCUGGAGGACUAUGGUAAAGUGGAGCCCUUAUCAUUGCCUCUCGCAAAACCAGUCCUCACAGCCCCCGAACUGGUUGUGCCGGGGCUGUGGGCGGGUGGGGAGAAUGCGGCUGUGCCCCUCGCGCGUCCUUACCACUUCAGCGCCGCCGGUAACAGAGCCGCCUCCAAUAACGCGGCAUACUAUAGUGAAAAGGACAUCAACCUUCACCGCUUUCACGCUCACGGCAGCAACAUGGCAGCAAGGGGCAAGAGCGGUGGCGGCGUCGAUAUCAGUCUGCUCUUCUCGAAUCUCCUCCUCGCGGCUACAGUUGUGAUCGGCUUCAUCGGCUGGUUCGUCGCUUUCAUCGCACAGGCAGUUGCACAGGGGCGCCAUGAUUCUGCUACGCGGACCGCGUUGGCGCCACACAUCCCUUACGUUUGGUUUGGGAUCUUCGCUCAACUCUUCUUGACGAUUGGCGUCAUCCUGACGAUCAUCACCGAUGCGAUACCUGUCGCCCGACUCCAGCUCUCGGCAUGGACCGCUGUCGCCCUCGUCUUUGCCGUCCUCGGCGCCGACCAGGGCGUGUAUGGCGCUGCAGGCACGACUAUGGAUGGCCCAUAUAGAGCGAUGGGCGCCGGUUACAUCCUCUGUGCGGCUGUGGACAUCAUCUGGCUCUUCUUCUUUACCUCAGAAGAGGAGUCCACCUUCUACAGUAUCGCCUCUCGCUUUGGCAAUGGUCAGCUCUCUGGCCCGGCCAGCGGAGCAGCUGCAGGGCGCUAUGGCGCCGGGGGUCGUGGUGCCAUGGGCAACGGCAACGCUUACACCGCAGGUUACGCAGGCGGGGUUGGCACGAUUAGCGGGCCAACGACCAACGGCGGCUACCAGGCCGCUCCGUACGGCGCAACAUCCAGUCAGACGGAGCUCGCCGGCAGCAACAAUGCGGCUAUUAGCAUGCCCGUCGCACACACGUCCGUGCAGAGUGUGCGCAACAGCGGGGCUGGUGGAGCGCUGAGCCGCACAGGCCCCGGCUCCGACUAUGGCGCUGCGACGUCGCAGCACGGCGGCGCGUCGUCCGCCGCGCCGCACAGUCCCGCCGUGCGCUCCGGUCAGACGUCCGCAGCGGGCGACGCGGCGGACAAGCCUCAGGCGGACCACACCGAAGGCGGCACCGACUACGGGUACAAGGCGCGAGCGCUGUAUGCGUAUUCGGCCAAUGCAGACGAUCCAGCGGAGAUUUCGUUCGCCAAGGGUGAUAUCCUCGACAUUGUCGACAACUCUGGCAAGUGGUGGCAGGCGCGGAAGCCGGAUGGCACUACAGGAAUUGUUCCUUCCAACUACAUGCAGCUGCUUUGAGCAAGUCUCUCCUGGUCG